AUGUUUUAAGAUUCAUAUGCACCGUUUCAAAAUGUCUGCGCCCAUGAAAAAUGUGUCUCCAACUGGAAAAUUGGUUUUUGAGAGGUCUUCGUUCUUGAAUGAAAAAGAAAAACAUAGGAAGCGAAUUUUUGAACAUCCUUUUAAUUCUUCAGUUCAUAUUAUGCUUCCUGAGUGCUCGCAGAUUCCAAAGUCAGUAGACAAUUUAUUAUCAGAUGAGCAGGCUUAUUUCACACAACAGGUGCCAUUAGAUAAGUUGCUGGAUAUAGACUUCAUAGAAGGAUUUAUAAAAGCAGGCAGUGUGCAUAUGAUCUCCCAGGGGACCUCAAUUGAUGCAGAUGAUUGCGUUGCACUGCUACCCACUGGGAAGCUUGUGCUAAACUUGUGCAAAGAUACUUUUCAACAACUUGGUUUAAAUGGUCAACCUUCAAAGGCAGGCAAGAACACUGGAAAAUAUGUGGUACAAGUAGAUACAGUGGCAGAGAAAUUUUACCCAGGAAUGAAACAGUAUGACCGUGUGAAGUGGUGUCUCGCACAACUUCAGCACAUUGAUUUUCUAGUUACUUGGAAGCCUAAUGAUGAAAAGGUGUGCCCAUCUUCCAUACAGAACUACUUCAUUACCAAAGGUUUACAGUGUAGUCGACUUAAAUUGUCAAAGACUGUACACGAGUUCAGAGAUAUCAAUGUCCCUAUCAUAGAUGCAGAGGUAUACUGUCCAAACAGUGACCAGGAAUCAUGUGGGUAUGAGGAGAUGUUUGAAUGGAUUGGUGCCUGUGCUGUAGGCAUUGAUUUGUAUGAGGGAGAUGGCUAUGUAUCUACAUACAGUUGUCCAUGUCCUAGCAGAGAGAUGAAGUGUUGUGUGGGAUCACAGUACGAGGGAUUUAUCCAUCCAGACACUGUUCAGCAGACUAUAGAUUCCCUAAGGAAGUACAUGAAAGAGAAGAAACUCCCAUGGUGCAGUGUAACAGUUAAUGGUUUCAUGGAUACUCCAUUAUCAUGGCAGAAUGAUCAUGGUUUCCAUAGAAAAUGGGACAAUUUAUACACAUUACUUAUGUUCAAGAAUGAAGACUAUUGGUUGUUUUCAGCAAUUGGAGGCUGUGAUAUUUGUCCUUAGCUUGUUUUAUGUCUUAUAUAUUAAACAAACAAAAUUAUACAA